GGAGCUGCCUUCUGACAUGAAGAGGUAGGUCUGUCUGAAUCUGUGUGUGUGAAUGAGCUGAGCCUCUGCAGAGUAUUUGCAAUUCUCUGUCGUACACACAUGUGAAAAGGCUUGAGAGCUAAUUGGACAAGGUUUUCAUUAGCUCCAGGAAAAGUUGCUUCCUCAUUAAAGGCUUCAGAGAGUCUGAGCAUUCCCGAAGGAGGCAAUGCCCCACACCAAGGUCCUUCGUCUCAUCCUGCUGACACUGUCUGGAGUUCUGGUCCCUUUUGUGGAAACAGCAGAAUACCCCCAAGGACCUCUCCCAACGCUAUGGAAUGACCCACCAGAGCUGCCAUCGGGUGGAGGGCCCGCAGAAACCACCACCACAGCCCGCUUCUCCGACUCUGCAGGAUUCCCACCAUACACUUCUGAUUAUGAACCAGAGGACACAACCCAUCUGCACCAACUGGAUAAUGGGAACGGGUCUCUGGGUCCUGGAGCCAUUGGUGCCAUAGUGAUCGCUGCUCUGCUGGGCACAUCUGUGAUUGUGGCCCUGAUCGUCAUCACCCUGCGAAAGUUUUCUGCUUCCUGAAAUCAAUAAAAAAAGGUCCUUUUUCCUAAUAUA